AUGGACAUUGACCAGCAGGGUGAUCUGGGCGAGGGCUCGUCAACUAAUCGCGGUAUUGUCAGUCCAGGAGAGAUCAUUACGAGCUCGAAAGAGUAUAUGAGGGGGCACGGAACCUAUGUCGAUGAGGAGCAAGUCGUCUCGUCACUGUCCGGAACUAUUGAGCGAGUUAACAAGCUUGUCUCUGUCAAGGCCUUGAAGCAGAGGUAUACACCGGAGGUCGGAGACUUGGUGAUCGGACGAAUCGUCGAAGUUGGUUCUAUGCGUUGGCGAGUGGACGCAAAUGCAAGACAGGAUGCUGUCCUCAUGCUGUCAAGCGUCAAUCUGCCUGGAGGUGUACAGCGACGGAAGAUCGAGAGUGACGCCCUGAAGAUGCGAGAGUUCUUAGCGGAAGGUGAUUUGCUCGUGGCUGAAGUACAAGCCUUUUUCGGUGACGGCGCAAUGUCUUUGCAUACAAGAUCACUGAAAUACGGCAAGCUUCGCAAUGGCCAACUUUUGUCCGUUUCGCCACGACUCAUUCGUCGUCUCAAAUCUCAUUUUCAUCAUAUCCCUCCGCCGUGUGGUCCUUCCGGAGUCGAUAUCAUCCUCGGGCUCAACGGACUCAUUUGGGUCAGUGUCGGCACUUCAGUGGAGAGCAGAGAAGGUGGAGAAGGGUUCGAUGCUGAAGGUGUCUAUUCGAACAAGAAUGAUGACAUUACACCUGAAGGUCGACAGGCUAUCUCUUCAAUUGCGAGCAUCAUCAAGAUCUUAGCAAUGUACAAUAUCCCCCUGUCCGACAUCCUGAUCAGCUCAGCUUACGAGUGGUUAUCUAGUCAGCGGGAAGACGACGAAGAUGGCAUCUCGGCGGAGAUGGGCAAAAGAAUGGUAGAGGACCUGACGGGAGUCCAAGUGACAGCGGCGGCCUGA